CCAAAAGUCACCUAUCAAGAAAUUCUUCCGAAACUCCUCUUGCACUCUCCUUUGGCGAAUCUCCUUGAUCUCAAAUCCAUAUUCGGUUGAAGUUUCAAUAUGAGACUUCAAGAUCAAAUUGUCCUCGUGACAGGUUCGUCACGAGGAGUUGGAUUGGCCAUCGCCAAAGCAUUUCGAGCCCAAGGGGCACAAGUGGUACUCAAUUACCACUCAUCCGACCCGGAGACCGUUGCGGGUGUCGCCAAAGACAUGGGUGGUGCUUUCCCCUUUCGAGCGGACGUUACGGACCCAGACCAGGUCAAGGCCUUGUUCGACGCGGCGGAAAAACAUUUCCAAAGACCCAUCACGACGGUCGUGAACAACGCCAUCACCGGUGGGUUCGAGUUCAACGGCGAGUCGGGCCGUCGCAAAAUCCCCGACAUUUCCUGGUCGGAUUUCGACGGUCAACUCCAGGGGUUUCUCAGAGGUACUUUGAACACGACCCGAGCCGCUUUACCCGGGUUCGAAAAGUUUGCUGGCGGCGGCGGCGGCGGUGGUGGUGGUGGUAGGAUCAUCAACAUUGGUAGUAACUUGUUUCACAACCCCGUGGUCCCUUACCACGAUUACACCGCCGCCAAAGGAGCCCUCUUGGGUUUCACCAGGACCUGCGCGGCUGAACUCGGACCCAAGGGGGUCACGGUCAACAUGGUUUCCGGUGGAUUAUUGGAAACGACGGACGCGAGCGCGUCGACCCCCGAGGAAGUGUUUGAGCAAAUCAAAGCCAUCACACCUUUGAGGAGAGUGACCACCCCCGAAGACCUCGCCGGGGCGGUAUUGUUCUUUGCCGGUCCUUGGGCGGACGCCAUAACCGGACAGGAAUUGAUUGUCGACGGUGGAUUGGUGAUGAGAUAG